AUGUCAAAAACGCAUCCGCCGCGGUCACUGUGGCGCUGCACCCGCGGAGAAGUAGGUAGAGGUAGUAUGGGUGACUCCUUCCACACACAAUUCGCGAUUCCUCCCAACACCACGGCCAGAACUGCUGUCAUACCGCCCUCAGACCAACUCCUUAAAACCAAAACCUUCGAGUUGCUCGUAAAACCGUCUACUCGAAAAAACCUAAACCUACAUCGCCCUCCUUACCCUCCUGGCCCCCUCGCCAUGGCUGCUCUUACAGCCCUUCGCGACCGUCCCGCUAUGACGCUUUUGUCAGAAGCCGGACUAGAGGUUAAGUCUGUACACAUCUUCCCCGCCAGCGACCUUGCCGAGCGAUUUCCACCGCCAGUCGACGCACGCCGCCAAAGGUCCCAGGCCAUCAUAGGCCAGAAUAGAUGCUUGCUUAAAGAGCGCGGCACCAGUCCUAAGGAUACAUUCAGAAAGCGCUACUCUGGGUAUAAUGCAGAUCGAUUAAGCACUACUGGGGGAAUAAGAGGUGCCCGCACUACUUGCUGUAGGGAAAGGUGCUUCUUAGCAGAAGUAGGUGCUGGUUAG